AAUCAAUGCAAGCACAGUAGACUCAUCUCCCUUCCUCCCCUCCCCUCUCCCCAAUUCCCCACUUCCUAAGCCGGAUCAGCGUUUAGGGAGGGCAGUCAUCAUCACGCAAUCCUGAGCAGCUGGAGUUGACGUUGGACUGAGCUGCCAGGUAGCUGAAAAAAGGCAGAGAAGGCAGCUGAUACCCACUUUUCAACGUUUCUUUCUAUUUUUUUUAAAGUCUGGAUCUGGACUUCAAGCAUCACAGCACCCGAACCAGCUCAUCUGAACCCUCAGUGUAUUGCAAUACCCUCUCUUCCCAAAGAAAAAAUUCCACUGAGUAGCAGAAUGCUCGCAGUGUCGCAGCCAAGGCGACAGCGCAGAGCCUUUCAGUAAAUUUGUGUGUGUGUGUGAUUCCUUUCUUUGAGGGCACCUUUGGUUUUUGUUACCCUGAUGUGAUUUUUGCUUCGCUUUGGAAUGAUGGGGAUCUUUCUGGCUUAUGUUGGAUGCAUUUUCUUUUCCGUGUUAUAUAUUCAACAAGGACUUUCUACCCAAGCAAAAUUCACCGAGUUCCCCCGAAAUGUCACAGCCACUGAAGGGCAGAACGUGGAGAUGUCGUGCGCUUUCCAGAGCGGCUCCGCCUCGGUGUACCUCGAGAUCCAGUGGUGGUUUCUGCGAGCAGCCGAGGAGCAGGAGGCUGGAGACGAGGUGACGGGCACUCAGGUGGAGCUCUUACCAGAGAGAGACUUGGACAAUGACGGAACAAAGAUAAGCACAGUGAAAGUACAAGGGAAUGACAUCUCCCACAAGUUGCAGAUUUCAAAAGUGAGGAAAAAGGAUGAAGGCUUGUAUGAGUGCAGGGUGACAGAUGCCAACUAUGGAGACCUUCAAGAAUACAAGGCCCAGGCAUUUCUCAAAGUCAAUGCUAACAGCCACUCUCGGCGAAUGCAGGCCUUUGAAGCAUCCCCAAUGUGGUUGCAAGAUAUGAAACCUCGCAAGAACAUCUCAGCAGCUGUUCCCAGUAGCAUCCAUAACUCUUCCAAUCAGCGAAUGCGCUCCACUGCCAGCCCUGAAGCAGCAGCUAAAAUCCCAAAACAGAGUCCACAAUCAGCAAAGAGCAAAUCGCCUGUAAAAUCCACGGAGCGGACAGCAAAGUUGACCCUAACCUCCAACCACCACUCUGCACCCAAUGUACUCUAAUUCUCUACACAUGGAGCACCUUCAGGAAGUACAAAAAACAAAUAUAUAUAUAUUGUUUAAACAUAUAAAUAUAUAUGAAGAAGAUACCACAUUUUCUUGAUCUAUAUUAUUUUCUUUGCUCUAUCACUGAUCAUUUAUUUGAAGAGAACUGGUGUGAUGUAACAGGACAUUUUGUAACAGCAAGACCUAGUUUCCUUUUCUUUCAGCAAGUAGAAGCAUCAUAUCCUUGACUGCUCAGGGGUUGGCUUGCAAGUCAUCAGUAUUAUACAAAUUCACUACGGAUGAUAUUUGGUUUCCUUCUUUGAAAGAACCGUGGCAGCCAUGAGGCAAACAGUGGCCAAAAAUAAAAAAACAAAAAAUCCCAAGAGAACAAAAUGACUCAGCAUCACCUCUGACAAAAAAACAAAAAACAAAAAACCCUCAGAAACUUUGAUUAAAAGCCUAUUUUUUUUGUGGGGGUCAGGAGUGCAAAACAAAUACACCAACAUUGCAAAGCAACUAACAGGACUAAAGGACAUUGUUUCUGAAGACAAGCAAGAAGCACUAUUGAGGGGGGGGUUUAUUUUACUUUUUUGAAUUUUUUCCCCUUUUUUUCUCCACCCCCUUCCUUUUCCUCUCGGUUUGUUUCUUGUUCAAUGGUGGCAGUUGCUGACUUAGGCCAACCCCUAUUGACUGUGUGGUGGUAAUAUAAAUACAUUUUUUUUGUGUGUUCUAUAUUUCGAUGUGUUUUCUCUGAUUUUGCAACUCUGUAUAUGCAAAACUAACUUCAAUUCUGUAAAUUGCUUACAGUAUGUGUGAUAUAACUUCACAGUAGACAUACCAUGGUCCUCAUGCAAGCCAGUUUUUAAUAUUAUCUAUAUGUCGUGCCACCAACAGACAUUUUUGUUUCCUUUUUUGAUGAAGCAUUAUUUUUUAAUUUGUAAUGUGUGGAUUUUGUAAUACAUGCAUUCACUUCCACUGGUUUGACCCCUUGCAGAUGGCAAUGCAGCCCUCUGUUUACUCUGUAAAAUGCACAUUAAAAUUUGGUAUGGUCUCUGAACAAUGAAUGAUUUUACUUGUGUGUAUGCUAUGUUGUAGUCUGGUGGCUCAAACCCCUUUUAAUUUAUUAUGUUUACUGAGGAUGAAAUUAUUUUAUCAUCAAAGAAUGUAAAAUGUAAGUCUGCAGGCAAAUAUUGCAUGCAAGCAAGAACAAGAGAAAAAAAUAAUCAGAAUGUACUCGUGGAAGAUAUUCUUGUAAUGAUGAGUUUUAGUCAAGUGAAUUUUUUAGAAUGAUUCACUCAAGAACUCUUCCUGCUAUGGCUAAAAAGGUAUCUUUUUUCACCCUUUCUGUAGGUGGCUAGCCAUUUUUCUUUCAUAGUCUUCAUUAUAUUUCUUUAUGCCUAUGACGUGAAAAUGAAAAUGUUGCUUUGGCUGGAAGUAAUAUACAUAACAUGAAUUACAUUAAUUAAUGAAGGAAGGGAAAACUACAAAUAUUUGUUGAUUAAAUCAGCCAGGUAGUUUUUAAUGUCCUUCCCUCUUUUCACCCCGAUUGAAUAAUCCAAAUCCUUCCUGCUGUUUCGUAUACUAACUCAGACAAAAAUGUUACAAUACUUUACAUGGUUCAGUGUAUUAUUUAUUAGAGGACUCUGUAACUAUGUCUGCUCAGCUAUAAAAGACUGACCCCUCAACAUAUUUUUCCCUUAUAGACAAGAAAAAUUAGCUUAGCUACAUUUAACAUCCUACAAGUAUAAGGCCUUUAUAUUAAAUUUUAAAAGAUCCACGAAGACCCUAUUCUUUCACCCUAAUGUCAACAGCAAAAUUCUCAUUAAUUUCAAUGGGAGUAAGAUCAGACCAUAUAUCUCCAGGAUAAAGAACUAUGCACUAAUGCUUUGUGUCUUUACAUAUUCAUAAAUGAUCUGGAGAAUAGGGUAAACAGUGAGAUGGCAAAAUUUGCAGAUGAUA